GGGUGGUACAAGUGACUGAUGAUAACCAACAGGCCGGGGGACACGGACCGCAGCCAUGCCCAGGUGUGCCCUCACGUCCAGCUCGGCCUGCGCCGGCGGACGCCGUGGCGGGGCUGGGCCCGCGGGACACGCCAGUCCCUCCGCGCCCCUCCCCUCCCUUUCCUCGAAGAUCCCCCGCUGUGUUUGCUCUACCCGGCGGGGCCCGAGCGCUUCCGCCGCGCUCCGUCCCCUCGCCCCCGCUGGGCGGCCCCGGGGCGAGGCCUCUGUCCCGCCUCUGCGCUGCCCUGCUCCAUAUAUGCCGGCGGCGGCCGCCCGCCACAGCUCCCUCGGCGCGCCCAGGAUGCUGCGCGCCGCCCCGCGACAGGCGCUGCUGCUCAGCGCGCUGCUGUGGCGCCUGGCCGCCGCCGGCAAUGUCAAUAUAACAACAGCAGUCAAUAUAACUUGGUCUUCAAUCAAUUUUAAAACUAUACUACAGUGGCAACCAAAACCAUCAGACUACUUCUAUACUGUAGAAAUACAUGGACAGACAUCUGACGUAAAGAGAAAAUGCAUACUGACCUCAGAAACAGAGUGUGACGUUACCGACGCGCUCAGGGACGCGAAGGAGACGUACACCGCUCACAUCCUGUCCGUAAAGCCUGCCCAGAUGGACGACUUUGAGGAGCCGCCUUUUGCAGUCUCUGAAAAAUUUACACCUUAUAGUCACACUAUUAUUGGAAAACCAGAGAUAAAGGAUUAUUCACAAAAAGGUUCCAAACUGAAUGUCGUGUUCAAAGAUCCACUUACACCGUACAGAUUUCCUAAUGGAAGCUUUCAAAGUAUUCAAGAUAUUUUCCAGCAUGACCUGGAAUACAAACUCUACUAUUGGAAAGAUCAAAGUUCUGGAAAGAAAGAUGUAACAACAAAAAGCCAUAAUUUUGAAGUAAAUGUUGACGGUGGAAAGAACUAUUGUUUCUAUGUCCAGGGAAUCAUUCCCUCCCGCAGAGAAAACCGUAAUGGCCAAGAAAGCAUGGUGCUCUGCACCAGUGUAGGAAGGAAUAUCUUAGAUGAAUAUGGAACAGAAGUCUUUAUCAUCGUAGCAGUGAUAGCAGUUGCAGUCAUCACUCUUGCCAUUGUCCUUCCAGUGGUUCUGUGUAAACGCAAGAAAGCAAAGAAAGCAAGAGCUGUGAGAGAAAAGGAGCUGCUUAAUAGUGUCUAAGGAAAAAAGUAUCGCAGACACUAGUGGCACUGCCAAAGCAGAAAAAUCCCCAACAACAAAAGAACCUAAAUCGGGUAAUUGGGUGAAGCCUUUCAGGCUCUCUGGAACCAGAAUUCUGAAGCCCAAACUUUAUGUGGAUUAAAAAAUCCACUAGACAGUACAGACGAAAAAUCCAGAUCUCAGGAAGCCCUGUGUCAUUAGUGGCGAGAGGCUGGAAGAGCAUUCUGGUGAUCUGUUACAGUCAUAGAAUUACAGAAUGUGCUGAGUUGGAAGGGACCCACACAAUCAUCGAGUGCAAGUCCUGGCCCAGCACAGCACCAUCUCAGCCCUGUGCCUGAGAGCAUUGUCCAACAGCUUCCUGACUCUGUCAGCCUGGUGCUGUGACCACUGCCCUGGGGAGCUGUUCCAGUGCUCAGACACCCUCUGGGUGAAAACCUUCUCCCUGAUACCCAACCAAAACCUUCCCUGACUCGGAUGCUGUUUUUUUGAGUCCUGUCACUGGUCCCAAGAGAGAAGAGAUUGGAACUUGCCCCUCUGCUUCCUUUGGUGAGGCUGUUGAAGACCACAGUGUCUCCCCUGAGUCUCCUUUUCUCCAGGCUGACCAGACCAAGUGACCUCAGCCACUCCUCAUGCAGCUUCCCUUCCAGACCCUCACUGUCCUUGUGACCCUCCUUUGGCCCCUCUCUAAGAGCUCAGUGUCAGUUUUAUGUUGUGGCAGUCAAACCUGCCCCCAGCCCUGGAGGCGAGGCCGCCCCAGCGCAGAGCAGAGCAGAGGGGACAGUCCCCUCCCUCGCCCCGCUGGCAUUGCUGGGCCUGAUGUCCCCAGGACACGCUUGGCCCUGCUGCUGCCAGGGCUGACUCACACCCAGCCUUCCCCUGAGCAGGACCCCAGGUCCUUUCCGGGGCACUCUCAUUCCCCAGGCUGUCUGUACAUCCAGGGCUGCCCCAUCCCAGGGCCAAACCCUGCAGUUUUCCCUGUAGAACUUCCUAGGGUUGGUGAUUGCCCAUCUCUAAAUUGUCAAAGGUCUCUUUGCAGAGAGAUUGCUCCUAGGCUGUUCCCAAGCCCCUUCUACUGUCCUGUCAAACAGGAUUCUGAACUAGAGGUACUUUUAACUUGAUCACUAUGGCCUUAUUGAGCCAGAAAAUUUACGGUACGUGUGAGGGGAAAAAACACUACUUUUGAAAAACAGGUGUCCUUUACCUAACCAAAAGGAACAUUUUUCUGUUUCUAUGAAACAAACCCUGUAUUUAUCUGCCUUUUAACAAUAUUAACUGGUGAAAUGAUCUGUUAGUUCAGAUGUGACAAAUUAUUUCUGCACUUCUUGGAUAAAAUUAAUUUGGUCUAUCUUUGGCUGUAGACAAAGGUAAACAAACUGAAACUACUCCACUGGCAACUUAUAAGAAACACUAUUAAAGCAGGUACUUGCUAUUUAUCUGGAAUGUAUAUCCAAUUACACUACACCUAGAUUUAUAUAGACAGGGGAGUCUGAUAGUUCCAAGUAAGUGUUAAAACAAAUACUUUGUAGGCUUUGAGUCAGUAGUAACUCACUUCAGCAAGCACUGAAUAGGUAGCAGUAUUUACUGCAUUUUGAACAUCUUUUUUAAUUAAACAGGUGAUGAAUGGUUUCUGUGGUAUAGAUUCAAAUCAUCUUGGUGAUGGGAUUUGGAGAUACCUCUUGCUUUGACUUUUAGUAUUUAUUUUAUAAAUGAGACUCUAAUUUUUAUACUGGUGUUAUCUGUAUUUAUGAUGGUAAUUUAUACUUUUCUAGUGAAAUAAAGGUGACUGGAAACAA